UACACUAUAUUUCCAAAAUUAUUGUCCCCCCCCCCCAAUCAUGUGAUUCAGGUGUUCCAAUCCCCUCCAUAUCAUGUGAUUCAGGUGUUACAAUCUCCUCCCAAUCAUGUGAUUCAGGUGCUCCCAAUCCCCUCCAUAUCAUGUGAUUCAGGUGUUCCAAUCCCCUCCAAUCAUGUGAUUCAGGUGUUCCAAUCCCCUCCAUAUCAUGUGAUUCAGGUGUUCCAAUCCCCUCCAAAUAAUGUGAUUCAGGUGUUCCAAUCCCCUCCAAAUAAUGUGAUUCAGGUGUUCCAAUCCCCUCCAUAUCAUGUGAUUCAGGUGUUCCAAUCCCCUCCAUAUCAUGUGAUUCAGGUGUUCCAAUCCCCUCCAUGGACACAGGUGUAUACAAUC